AUGAAGUUCUUCGGGUGGAUGCAAACCAAGCUUAAUGUGGAUCAUAACAGACCAAGCACUUCCUCUGCUUCUUCUCAUCAUGUGAAGCAAGAGCCAAGAGAGGAGUUUAACGACUGGCCUAACGCGCUGCUAGCUAUUGGAACAUUCGGUACAACAAGCAACAGAAUGAGCGAAAACGAGGGGAAGAGCGUUGUUCAUGAAGAGGUUGAAACGGAAAAGAAGUGUACCACACAAGCCGAGCAAGAAGAAGAGCCUUCUUCUUCUGACGAUCUUGAAGAUUUCACUCCCGAGGAGGUCGGAAAGCUCCAGAAAGAGUUGAUGAAGCUCUUGUCAAGAACAAAGAAAAGGAAGUCUGAUGUGAAUAGAGAACUCAUGAAAAAUCUUCCUUUGGAUAGAUUCUUGAACUGUCCAUCGAGUUUAGAAGUCGAUAGGCGAAUCAGCAAUGCGCUUAGCGCUGUUGUGGAUUUGUCAGAGGAGAAGGGGGAAGAUAUGGAGCGAACGAUUAACGUUAUUCUAGGUAGAUGCAAAGAGAUAUCAAUAGAGAGUAAGAAGAAUAAUAAGAAGAGAGACAUAAGCAAGACCUCUGCCUCCUAUCUUUUCAAGAAGAUCUUUGUCUGCGCAGAUGGGUUUUCUACAGCCCCAAAACCUAGCUUGAGAGACACGCUUCAAGAAUCAAGAAUGGAGAAGUUAUUGAAGAUGAUGAUACAUAAGAAGAUUAAUGCUCAAGCCUCCUCGAAACCAACAUCAUCGACGACAAAGAGAUGCUUACGAGACAAGAAACAGCUCUCACUAAAGAGUGAAGAAGAAGAAGAAGAAGAAACCAACGAAAGAAGAAGUAGUAGCGACGGAUAUAAAUGGGUCAAAACAGACUCUGACUGUGAGUUUUCAUCAGAUCCU